GUAAAACACAGUACUGGUCAUAGCGGUUCUCGAGCUACGAAUCAGAAGAAACAAGGCGUAGCUAAUGUUAGCUGCGCCAGACUCAAGGAGCCGUUGACUUACGACAAACGUGGAAGCUAAUAUUGGAUAUUCAAGCAAACGAUAUAUUGAUAUCAACAUGAGUGGUUUCAGUAAACCAGGGGCACACAGGGUGCCACAGUUCACCAGAGCAUCGCUCCUGGGAAUAUCCAAACAUGACCUGGAGAGAGAUUCUGGCUUUUCAGAUGCCAGCUCGGAGUACCUCAGUGCAGUGGAGGUGACGGACUCUGAGGAUACAGGAAGGAAUGGGUCAAUAAUCGGGCAGGAGCCAGCUGGUCAGCAGGUGGCUGUGGUGGGAGGUUCGUACACCGGAGUGUCGCCAAUGAUCAUCAUGAACAACAUUGUCUUGAAGCAGCCAUCCUCCAUGGCUCCACAAGAAAAGCAGUGGGGCUUCCCUCCACCCAUGGACUUGAUGCCCCAGUCACAAGUUGUUCUCCUCCAGCCAAUGGUCUCAAAUAGCAACAGCAGCUCUGCAAAGACCGGUUCUGAUAAUACGCGCCAAUCCAAAGGCUACAUGCCCAUCCUGAAGUCCUAUCCCAGAAUCGCCCCAUACCCAGUAGAUACACCCUCUAAGAGGGCAGGGUCUUCAAGGGCGAGGGCGACUGAAACAGAACAUGACCAGCGACAGAAGAGACACCAUCACCGGCUCAGCAAGGCCCCUAGCCUGCUGCCAGCACUGCACACACAAGCUGAAACUAUCUCCAACUUUGAUACCAAUGACUUUCAGGCAAUUGAGAGUCAGGAGCAGCUCACCGACAAAUCUCUGACCCAAGCAGAAAGCAGCUCUCUGCCCGACUACGCCGACGAUUUCAGGACUGUAGCAGUAAGCGACGAGAUGCCCGACGGCAAAUACGAGGACCCCAUCUCCAUCCACUGUACCAAACUGAAACGCUUCAGCAACACCUACAAUAUUCUCAGCAAGUCUGGCUUGCUGGGGAUCACGAUGCGCACAAAGCAGCUGAUAAAGGAGAACAAGCGCACGCAGGGCCAGCUGCAGCAGCUGCAGGAGCAGACGGCUCUGCUGCUGGAGGCUCUGAGCAGCGGGGACCCACAGCUCUGGACUAAACUCCAGCUCUCUCUGCAGGACACAGAGAAGGAACGUCUGGGGGCGAAAGCUCAGAGAGUUGAAGCAUAAUGUGCUCGUGGAUGACCAGCAGUUCUGUAGGAGGAUUAUACUUUAGAUACUUUACUGAAUGUAGGAAAAAAUUAGAACAAUAAUUGGAAAAUUCAGCUCAACUGACUUAUUUUCUUAAGGGUUGUAGAUAAAUAUCAUGAUGCAUAUUGCAUACUAGAAAACAGCGCAGUCUGCAAAAAUGAAUAUUACAAUAAAACAUAUUUUUCUGCUACUUUAUUUUCUCCUCUGUCAUCACAAUACUCCUGGCACUCUACAUUAGUUUUAGCAACUCCGCAGCUAGCAUCUAAAUCAAAUCGGCUUCUCUGAGCCGUCUGAUUGGCCAGAUGUAUCCCAGGCAUAGAGAGCUGCUGUUUGUUGCAGUCCAAGCAAUCCAGAGAUAAUAAUGCACACGCUGCUUAUGUUAAAUCACUUUAUAUUGAAAACCCCUAAAACGUGUAGAACUGCUGGUUUGACACACAUCUGAAGCACAGCCACUGAUCUGAAGUGAAAGUUUGGAAGCAUGCUCAUAUUUCAAACCUUUGCCUAUAAAUGAAUUGAAUGCCUCUGCAGUUGCUAAAGGGCAGGUUCCACUCUGGCCUGUAGACGUCGUCGCAUGACUUACAUGAAAUAAAAAAAGAACGAUUGUGCAUCUUUACCACACAGGUCAGCAUCUUUCUGUUUCUGUAUGGUUUAUGUUGUUGGGUUGGUGGAACUGCACGAGCAGACGCCCUCUGCAGUAGAAUGUUUGUUUACAGUAAUAACAGUAAUGUAAUAACAGAGUUAUUACAGGAUGCUGUAAUCUAGAGACAACAUAUCAAAGGCUGAAAGCAGCAAUAAAUGUCAAUGGGCAGAUUACAAGAGAUACUAGAACAUCAACUAUUCCUACAUUAAUCUGGAUUUAGUACAAUGCAGACAGGCCACAGCUGUCCUGGAUCUCUUGUAUUUUAUUGUUGUUUAUGUUUUUGUUCAAUUUUCUUCUUAUAAUUUAUGGAAACUUUUUCCUUCAAAGAAUUUUACAACUUCAAACUGAAAUAUGUUGUCCAUCCCGAUUAUAAUCAUUUAUUCUUUAAAAGUUAAAUUAAGGAAAAAUUAAAUCUUUUCAGUUAAUAAUCAGGAGUCAAUUUUAAAUGAAUAAGAUAUAUUUAUUGUAAGUCAUUUCUUUUCACAAUACUUUUAUUCUGUAGUAUGUGUAUUAUUUAUUUGUUAUCAUUUUUAUGACCACGACUAAAAGGAUGUGAAUAAUGUUAAAAUCGGAUCAUUUUGAGGGAAAUGUAGCAGUGAAGAGCUGGAGCCAUCUAGCUGGUCUGCCUUUGGAUUGGUUAUCAUUCCUGUUGUGUUUUAACCCUGGUUUAAAGAUUUGGUCAAAGAAAAAGGGAUAUUUUGUUGUUUAGUUUGACAUUUCAGACAUUUGCACUUUUGCGUCUCUGUAAAAACCAUGAACAUGAUCUUCAAUGGAUUUCUGUGCCUUUUGUUCAUGUAUAUAAAUCUGCUUUAUCAUCAUUUCUUUAUAAAUGUGGGGGAAAGUUGAAAAACUGAAUUAUUUCCCAAAAUUAAUUUACAUUGUUUUAAAAUCACAGGAGAAAUCACCCCUAUGAGAAAAUCAUUAUAAAGUUAAAAAUGUUAGGCCUUGAAUAUUUUUUUAUUAUUUUGUAUUUAUAUUAGCAGAAUAACACCAUCAGUAAAAAGCAACGAGUUGUAAAAUCUGGAAGAAAAAUGUGGAUAAACUGUUCUGUUUGUCUGUUUUUGUGAAAUGUGAUUUGUUUCUUUUUGUUCUUUUCGAAGUCUUUCGCCGCUUAAACUCCUUUCCUCUUUUUUUCUAAUAAGAAUGAGUCGUUAUUAAAGACAAAAAUCAACUAA